GAGCAGCCCUCACCCGUACGUCACAGCCCUGGAGAACAGAGAGGACUGCUGGCCGGCUCUGCUGUUCGAGAUCGAUGACUUUAUCCAGAGAGCUGUUGACAGGUAA